UUUUUGUUUUGAGUUUUGACUGGUCGGUAACUCUUCAUAAGCUCACAGGCAUGUCAUUCGAUCUCGGCCAAAAAGGUCAAAAUGAACCGAGAGCCCGCGCAAUUGCGUCUUCGGACUUGCAUAAAUAAUACUUUCAGUCGUGUACAAUACAUUCGGAAAGAGUGAACCCAAAAACAUUUGGCGGGCAAAAGAACAGCGAGUUUCAUCGAUCGAACUCAACAGAUUUCGAACAAAUAAACAGGAGACGCUGGCUCUAGCGGCAUCAGACGGGCUAAACAAGGGAACUGGGAUAACAGAAGGAAGGAAUGAAAUGCCACUUCAGGAUAUCUCAAAUAUAAUCAAACAAGAAAUAGCAAAGUUUCGUUCAUCAGGAGGAGGAAGACAAGGCCCUGAAGGAGGUGAUAGUCAGGCACAUUUUGUGGAUUAUGCAGUUUCUGAAUACAUGUUGGCUUCGGGUUUGCAGACUCUUUUGAUGCUGGGGAAAAAGAGAAUUUUCUCAAGAAAAAAGGUUACUGCAGAAGAGGAGAAGUUUAUGGAUUUCGCCAGAGCUAAGAUUAAGAGCGUUUAUUGUCAUAUUAUGUCGACCAGAGUUUCUUACCAUCCUCCUGGAAGCCUCUUAUUUCAGUCCAUAAUUCAGAAUUUGCCUAGUCAAAAAACCUUAUCUCUCUCAAGUUCAUCUUUCAAAAUGAUAGAUAACAUAUCCAUGGACUUUCGGAUAUUCUUAAAGAUUGAAUUGGAGGCUGAGCUCGAAGGACUUAAAGAAGGCGAGCUGGAGGAACAGUCGGGCUUCCGGCCAGGCAGCAACCGGCGAGGGUUGAGGAUGAGGUAGAUGAGCAUGCUGAGUUUCCUUUGAAAAGGAGGUAUGUACUUUUUGGCCCACCAUUAUUAAGUUUCUCAACAGUGUUUUAACUUUCAAGCAUGCAUUUAAAUCAUGAAAAUAUGCAACAUGGAACUCAUAUAAAUUUCACUUGGGUGAACAAAGCAGUACGAUUAUACGAAUCAUGUAGUCUGAUUGCUGCACUUUUAGGAAGUACACAUAAUUACAAAAUUUACAGUCCAUAAUUACAAAAAUUACAGAGCAGUAGAAUAACCUAACCACAACAAAAUAGAUAAUUUAAUCUGUCUACCCACCAACCGUAAUCGGAUUAUCCGUAGCCACACUUAGCAGCUUCAGUGGAGAGUCAGAAAACCAUAUUUACAAAAUAAAAGAGUCAGCAAAAUACUCCCAUCAAAAGCUACAAGGGCUGCCUUAUUUCUACCCUAACACAAAACCCGAGAACCAUUCCUUUCAUUAGAUCCGAGACCCACCCAAGAUCGGGUCAACACGCCCAACUCGUUCAACCUGACCUUGAGCGUUAAAGUAGGCAGUCAUCAUGGUCUUCCAAUAGCUGUAGUUCAAUUCAUCUAAUUGAAGAGGAUAUGGAGUGGAACUACGAAAAUCCAUCUCAAAUCACAGAGACCAAAAUUAUGUUCUAGUUGAACACGAACCGUAUAAUAGCUCCUUUCAUAGUACAAUUGUUGUCUUACAAGUUGAAAUCCUUCAAAAUUUGCCUAGUCUAUACUCUCUCAUCAAUACUCGUUCCGAAACUCCCCUCGACUUUCUAAUGCUGACACGGAUUCCCUCCAAUGGCUUCACGAGCUCUCACGAAUUUGCCUUGAAGAUUCCUUUUCCCGAAAACUCUUCCAAAGUGGUUCUGAACCCACAGCAGACUGCGGGUGUUCAAACACACAGAUAACAACAUAAAACCUUCCUAUCAUGGACAUCUUUUUCUCUUAGAAUCAGCACACCCUCGUCCACGAAACUAUAUUUGCAUGGUGAGAUUAACGUUACCGAAAUCCAAAUUCAAGUUACAGCUGGUUCAGUAAGUGAAUCCAUCUUCAAAGUUUCAUAUCUUAGUAUGGAAGGAUAGAAUAAUUAGAGGAUAAUAAAAACUAUUGCACUCCGCAAAAAGUUUUAUUUUCUCACAUAAAACGACAUAAAUUUGAUUGUCUGGGGGCCAUUUGGUGUUGUCCGACAUAAAUUUGAUCCAUUGUAAGAUUUUUCUCAUUAAGGCGGUUAUACCCACAAAAUUCUAGCUCAAUCAGUAUUUGUCUGCCUACUCAAUGUUUUUGUUCAAAAUUAUUUUAACCCAUUCUCUAUCUACCUAAUUUAAGCUUUGCCGUUUCCAAUCGCAUGACCUUUCUAUGGAUUCGUCUGGUCAAUGCGAUUGUACCCUAAAAAAAUGUUAGCACAAUAUAUAAUCAUCAGUUCACUCAACUUUUCAUUAUACACAAAUUCAAUUUUCACCCCAUGAUCAUUCCACAUCGAUGUUCACGAUAAAUUUAGAUAAUCCAACUUUCAUCAUCCCAACCUCUCACGAGUGGUUUUUAACAAAUUUUAUUAACAUAUAUACUUUUCUAAAAAAUAAGUCAAUCAAUCAAAACCCACCCAAUUUUCGCCUUAAAAAAAGUCCAACAUACUUGUCAUGUUUCCACACAAGAAGAGUACUUGUUAUUCUCACAACAUUAUUGUACAACAUAUAUAUCCUCCCACUGCCACACACACCAGACCAGAGCAGAGCAUUGGAAGGAAGGAUUACAACUCAAGACCCAAGCCCAUAUAUAGGCAGGGUUUUUAUUAUACAUAUACACACACAUACAUAUAUUGGAUAUCAAAACUCAGGCAAUCUGUCUCGCAAUCUGGUGCCCAUUGGGCAUAGGCGCCACGUAGACAACAAAGCCAUCAGUCGGCAGCGGCGCUUGGCCUCCCGUACUGAAUAUCCGGUCGAACAAAAACCCGGCAAGCGCCCCGAUUAUAAAAGCCCCAACAAAGCUGGUUACAAGGCCAACAGCCGUCACGAAAAGCGUGGUGGCCGCCAUGCCCGUCAGCCCGGAGGCCACCGACACACCCACCAACUUCCCCAACGCGGCUCCUCCGAGUUCAGCCGCAAAUAUCAAAGCCUCCCUAAGAGCCAUGGUCAACGAGUGGUCGGCCGAGUAGACUUCCCAGACAAUCAUCCCAAUGUCGAGUAGGAACAUGGCUGCCGAACCAAGGCUCGGCAUUUUCCGAGAGUAUAACACGGCUGAGGCCUUGACCGGGACGUUCAAGUCGAAGGUGGCCUUGGAGUCAUCGGGCUUUGUGUCCACGUCAUCAUAAUCGCCCGACUUACCUGUCGUCGUCAGCUCGUUGUUGUAGGCCGCAAGGACACUCAUCCUGCCCGAUCUCUCCAGUAUGGACGCGUACACGUCCAGCUUCUGCUCGAUUUCAAGGUUCUCGAAACUUCCCGUGUACCCAAGCUGCCUCUGAUUACCCGCUGACGAGGUCUUCGAAGGAGAUAGCUAUGCUCCUUAGGUACCUGGAGAACUCGGCGGAGGCGUGCGGGUUGAGACUUAGCCUCAUGUAACUUAUGUUCACGUCGUCUAGCUCCUUGACAGCCUCGGCUAGUUCGUUCACUUGGCUCUGGUUGUUGGUGUUGAGGCCUUCGAGGGUCUCGAAAACGACCUUGUGGUGCUCGAUCAUCUUGUCGAGAUAGUCUCGCCUGAGGGUAUAGUUGGGGACGAGCUGGAGCGCGUUGUUGAGGGAAUGCUCCACGUAGGUGUGGAUGAUGUUGGCGACCGACAGCCUGGCGGUGUCCCCUCUGUAGCGGUGGACAAUGGCAUUGGCAUCGUCGAGGAUUGUGUUGACGGAGGCCAUGUUGUCGUUGGCCAUG